AUGAUGAACGACCUGACCCCCGAGCGGGGCAGGAGGAGACGAGCGGCUAGGGGAGCGUAUAAGAGCAUCGAAAAUGUAGUGAAGAAGACCAGGAACACCCGGCUCCGUGUUCACCUCUUCAACACCACCGUACUUCCUGCUUUGACCUACCCUGCUUCGGAAACCUGGGCACUUCGCAAGCAGGAAGAAAACGCGGUGAGCGUCAUUGAAUGCGUAACUGAGAGAGUAUCCCGUUUCACGCAAGUGAGGGACGGGAUUCAAAGCUCUCUCCUACGUCGGCGAUCAAAGAUUAGAGACGCCGCCGCGUUUGCCAAGGAAAGUAAAAUAAGGUGGGCCGGACACGUGAUGCGCUUUAAUGACAACCGUUGGACCAGAGCCGUGAGCGACUGGGUUCCCCGCGAUAUUAAGCGCACUACAGGAAGACCGCCGACCCGAUGGUCAGAUUUCUUCACGAAGUCCUUCAAAGAAAAAUAUGAUGCUCUUCGUGUCCCACGCGAAAGAAGGAACCACUGGGCUGCUCUGGCACGCGAUCGGGACAAAUGGAAGAAUUACUGGCGCCCGCUCGACCAGUUCGAAGAUCAACUGGAGUCAAGGUGA